AGACACUUUCACCUCUGUGGACAGACUGUGCAGCAAAGAUUCUCUGUUAUUCUUUAAAAUCAAGAGUUCAGGGUUAUUCUUAAAAAAGACUCGAAUGGAUUCAGACGCCAGCUCCACAUGCAGCCGUUCCUCAUCUCCAGACCUGGUGGUGGAUGACUCUGCCGGGAGCUUCUUCUCAAAAAAUAUGUUUCAGAAAUACUGCGAGAAGAACAGAACUGACAGUGAGGCCGAACAAGGCAGGAUGGAGCGCUGCGGCGGAGGUGGGAAAACCAAGAACAGGUCCGACCUCAGCAAGGAGGAGAUGCAAGAUCUAAGACUCAAAGUUAACAGCCGUGAGAGGAAGAGGAUGCACGACCUAAACCAGGCCAUGGAUGGCCUGAGGGAGGUUAUGCCCUACGCUCAUGGACCUUCUGUUCGCAAACUUUCCAAAAUCUCCACAUUGCUUCUAGCUCGCAACUACAUCCUAAUGCUGUCGAGCUCUUUGGAGGAGAUGAAGAAACUGGUUGGGGAUGUUUAUGGAGGUGGCAAUGCUGCCCAGAGCCGAUCUACUGCCCACCCAGCAAUCAACCCUGCAGCCACGUCUGUUCACCUUCCUCUGCAUCCUUUGGCCCAGUCUCUUCACUCUCUGGUGGCCAGCACGCCUGCAGCUCUGCAGCAUCACUCCUCUCCUCCCUCUUCUGCUCCUGCUCCUCAUUCCCCUCCAUCAGCUAGCUUCCUGGGCUUUCACGCUCCGGUGCAGGGCCUUCUUAAGGACCCACUCCACCUCGGUGGCUCCUACAGGCACUUCCCCGGCAUGCCUUGCCCGUGUACACUCUGCCAGCCUCUGCCAACAGCCACCUCAACGUUACACACUUUGUCUAUGAACAAAUGAAUGGAGACUCGCCACAAAUUGACUGAUGCCAAACUUGUAGAUGCUGUACAUACAAACUGCUGCUAUUUUGUCAAAAGAAAUAUUUGGUUCUUUUUUUUUUGUAGAAGAAUAUUGGAGCUUUUAUUGUAGU